UCCUCUCUCCGUCUGCACUCCUUCAGCGCACACAGCUCGUUCUCACUGCUGUAGGAGCGUCUGUUGAGCUGCCGAGGCAGAGCAGCUCGCUUUGUCCGUCCUCUGUCAGCCACCUGUGCCGCGGAUGAUGCGGAUGGAGCAGACCCUGUGUUACAUGGAAUAAUUUCAGCAUCAUAACUGUGUUUUUUCCUCCCCCUCUUCCGGAUUUGCUUCUCUCCCGUUUUUUUAAAAAAAAAAUUCGCAUCACUGGGCAUCUAAAGUUGUGAUGAUGCCUCCGCUCAGCAUUUGGGAUUGGUAACAGCCUCCCGUGCGAGGGUGAUACAUCAUUCGCAUGUGAUUGAAGAACGCUAUCUCUCUGAAGUGGACAAAACAUGGACUAAUUUUGCUUUUGGUUUUUUUUAUACAUUCACCAUGAGAUUAUUACAGCUGUUUCUGAUUUCCGGUGUAUUUUUCGUCUCCUCAGUUAUAGGUUUUGGGGUUGACCCUGCCCUGCGCAUCAGCGUAUUUGAUGAACUAACGCUUGGAGAAGGCUUUGAUGGAGUUACUCAGGUCCAGGGCUUCCACAGCGAGUCUAGAGCUUUCCACUUCCAAGGGUCCUCCAGGGAAGUAAAAGCUCCCGUGGAGGUCUCAGAGCAAAUGGUCCAUAAGCUAAGAGGCAAGAAUGAGUUUACUGUGUUGGUGACCCUCAAGCAGGAUCACCUGAACUCUGGGGUGAUCCUCUCCAUCCAUCAUUCUGAACACAGGUUCCUGGAGCUUGAGAGCAGCGGCCAACGGAGUGAAGUGCGCCUUCAUUAUCGCACCAAAGGGCAGCAGGAUCACACGGAGGUGUUCCCUUACAGCCUGGCUGACGACCAGUGGCACAAGGUCUCUGUCGCCGUCAGCGCAUCUCACGUCAUACUACAUGUGGACUGUAACAGGAUCUAUGAGCGGGUGGUGGAACCUCCCUACAUGGAUAUACCCGAGGAUACUUCCUUUUGGCUCGGACAAAGAAACGCUGCUCAUGGCUUCUUCAAGGGAGUGAUGCAGGACGUGGAGAUCCUGGUGAUGCCACAGGGUUACAUCUCACAGUGUCCAGACCUUAACAGAACAUGUCCAACCUGCAAUGAUUUCCAUGGACUAGUGCAGAAAAUCAUGGAGCUACAGGAUAUACUUGCAAAAACAUCCAGCAAGCUGUCCAGGGCGGAGGAGAAGAUGAAUGGGCUGGAUGGCUGCUAUUGUGAGAGAACCUGCAGCGUCAAGGGGGUCGUCUACAGGGAGGAUGAAAGCUGGACAGAUGGCUGCAGGAAUUGCACAUGCACGAAUGGCACGGUGCAAUGUGAGGCCAUCUCCUGCCCUCCCCCUCAGUGCCCGGCGGGCACAGCGCCUGCCUACGUAAAGGGUGCCUGCUGCAAGGAGUGCCAGCCUGUCUGCUUAUUUGGUGGAAGAGAAUUGGUGGAAGGAGAUCAGAAAGCUGUACGUGACUCUGCUGGCAGGUGCCUGCUGUUUGAAUGCAGGGACAGGACCAUGCAUCGAGUGGUCCCCAGUGAGCCUUGUCCCGAACUCAACUGUCCGGAGUCGGAGCAGAUUGCUUUGAGUGGCAGAUGCUGUAAAGUCUGCAGAGGUCAUGACUUCUGCUCAGAGGGCAACGGCUGCAUGGAGAACUCUGACUGUGUGAACCUGGAGGCAGGAGACUGCUGUGUUUGUAAGGAUGGCUUCCGCCCACUGCGAGAUGAUAAUGCCUACUGUGAAGAUAUUGAUGAGUGCGCUGAAGGGAAGCACUACUGCAGGGAGAACACCAUGUGCGUUAACACCCCCGGUUCCUUUAUGUGCAUCUGCCAUACGGGCUACAUCAGGAUCGAUGACUAUUCCUGCACAGAACAUGACGAGUGCCUCAGCGGACUCCACAACUGCGAUGAGAAUGCCUUGUGCUUCAACAUGGUCGGAGGCCACAGCUGCUCCUGUAAGCCAGGCUACACGGGCAAUGGGACAGUCUGCAAAGCAAUGUGUGACGGAUUGUGCCAGAAUGGGGGAACCUGCGUUUCACCUAACAACUGUGUUUGCCAGCAAGGAUUUACUGGGAAGAGAUGUGAAACAGAUAUUGAUGAGUGUGCGGACGGCUUUGUCGAGUGCGACAGUAAAUCCACUUGUGUCAACUUGCCCGGCUGGUAUCACUGUGAGUGCCGGGAUGGGUACCAUGACAACGGCCUGUUUUCCGCCAAUGGGGAAUCAUGUGUAGAUAUUAAUGAAUGCAAGACAGGAAGGAACACCUGUGCCAACGACACAGUGUGCUUCAACCUGGAAGGAGGCUAUGACUGUCGGUGCCCCCACGGGCACAACUGCACCGGCGACUGUAUCCAUGACAACAAGGUCAAGCACAGCGGGCAAAUCUGGGUGCUGGACAGCGAUAGGUGCUCGGUGUGCUCCUGCCAGGCCGGCCAAGUGAUGUGCCGCAGGAUGGUGUGCGACUGCGACAAUCCCAACGCCGACCUGUUCUGCUGCCCUGAGUGCGACCCUCGACUGAGCAGCCAGUGUCUGCAUCAAAACGGCCUGCUCACCUACGGCAGCGGGGACACGUGGGUGGAGAACUGCCAGCAGUGUCAGUGCCUGCAGGGGCAGGUGGAUUGCUGGCCUCUGCCGUGCCCGCCUGUGGACUGCGAGUUUACUGUGGUGCCCGAGGGCGAGUGCUGUCCCCGCUGUGUCACCGACCCCUGCCAGGCCGACACCAUCCGCAACGACAUCACCAAGACAUGUACGGACGAGCACAACAUCUCACGCUUCAGCGGCUCCUCCUGGAUUAAACAUGGCACAGAGUGCACUCUGUGCCAGUGCAAGAAUGGACACAUCUGUUGCUCAGUGGAUCCCAUGUGCCUUUAGUCCUGGCAGAUCUGAAGGCACCUGUACAGUGUUCUCCAUGUAAAAAAAAUACAAAAAAAUACA